AUGCUAGAUGCACCGAUACCGCUGAGCUCGCGGUAUAGUUAUCAUACAAUCUUCGGAGAUAUCUGCAAGACAAGGUUCAAUCAUUUAGCAACUCGAAUGUCACUCAUUUUUACAGUUUUGCAGGCAGUUCUGCUCGCAGUGGUUUCAAAUCGGUCUUCUUCGAAUCUGGAAAGAGCAUUGAAGGUUCCGCUAUGGGUUUUCCUUCUUUAUGUAUCAUCAUUGUUCAUUGUUGUCGCUAGAAAGAACUACCUACAUGUGCAAUACAGAGGAUAUUCCAAUUUGCUGGAAGUGAUUUUCGGACAACUGGUUUGUAUGAGGGCAAUAGUGUAUGAAUCCGUUCAUCUGGUGUGCAGUUUCCUGAUUUCGUUGACAUAUAGUGAUGUUCUGGGGUUAGGGACCGCAGUUUCAUCAUACACAUUCAGCCAGUGCCUACUUCUAUACGUUUGGGUAUUGGUUCCUACUCUUUACACUCUUCAGCAUUGUCUGUUUGAUUUGGAUAGACUUUCGUUCAAUUUUGAAGCUCAUUUUCAGCCACCUCAACAGUACAUCAACGCUAGUUUACCUAGGAUCAUCACCAAAAGUGCUAUUAUGACACUGUCACUCGGUUUCGUAUCUCCACUUAUCUUUUUCCUGAUAUAUUCAUGUUGGUGGGUUGGUUUUGUCGGCCAUUUACAACUGAUGUUACUUUCAUUUUGCAUCUUUAUCAACCUAGAGUUUAUCAACAUUGCAUUCAACGCCCACAUGUCCAUUGGUUGUCUACAUAAGGGUAAACCAAUUUCAUCUUUGUCUUCAACUCCAAUAGAGACUUUACUUACCGGCUUGAGCUCUAAGAAACCAUUCACUAAAUUUACAGCUUUCCAAGAAUUGUCCUUCAGAGCUACGUCCGCUGAUGCUUCAUUAAGAGUUCCAAUCUAUCAUACACGCUAUAGAAACACACACAUAUGGCCGGUGAUCCUCAGUGAAUGCCUGGCCACUUUGCAAGAGACUAAUGAGAGUGUAACAAACUAUUUGAAAUCCUUGGAAAACAGCAUGAAAUUACAAGAUAAUCCCAACUAUAGCCAAACACUCUAUGACAACGUUGAUGAAAAACUGUUCGGAAAUAAAGUUGCUGUGAACCCAGCAGGGUUUUCCUCUUCUCAAUCGCGAUUCCCUGGUUCUCCGCCAGUCCUUUCACAAAAUGGUCCUUCACGCAAAAUAACGCUGAAAGACGAUAAUGUUUUGUUGAGAAGGAACAUACCAAGGGAUGAGAGAGGAGGCUUUACGUAUGGUUCCAAGAACUUUAUUAGUGCUCCUCAUGCAUUCGACGAACCGAUAAUCACACAGGAAACUACGCUACUGAAGUUGACCGGUGCCCUAUUGCGUGCUGCAAGGAAGCAGAUCAAUCUAUUCUUCUUUCCCUCGGCAAUUUCCUCGCAGGAUCAACAGCCACAGGUAUCUAUCAUCGAGGCGUGGUGCAUCUCUAAGAGGAGACAGGCUGAAAAAUUAGUACCUCAGGCUGUGUGCCUUGCUGAGUGUAUUAUAUCUUUAAUGGGCCUAUUGAUCAAUGCCAUUGAAGAAGAUCCAAAAGGUGGUGUCGUAUCCUCGGUUGGAGAAGUGCUGAAAUGUUUGGAGAGAUCAGUCGGUGCAUUAGGCCGAUUUGCCGACUGGCAUCCUGAGGUAAACAGAAAGAGCACAGAUACUGAUGGCGAAUCACCUGACGUCAUCUCUAUACUAUAUGAUCUAUCUGUCAGUGCUUUCCUAGAAAUUGUUCUGAAGUACAAUGUGCUGUUGAAUGAUCUAUAUCUUGAUGACGAUGUGGUCAAAUUGAGCAAAUGGGUACUUAGCCAGUGCAGUGAAUGA